CUUUGGGGAGGAGGUUACUGUAAGCAGACCACCAUGUGACUGCCAGUAACAGUAGACAUCACCAUCACCCAGGAGGCAGCUUCUCUCCUUUAUAUUUGCACAUUUCUGUGUUUUUCCUCUGUGUUCUGUGCUGGGAGCGGGGUUUGAGGAAGCUUCAGUGUCGGAUAUGUUCUGGUUCGAGCAGGGAAUCUGCGUCCUCCCAGCGUUUCUGGUCGUCUGGUCCUCCUGCACGUUCAUUAUCUCCUACCUCAUUGCGCUCUUCAGACACGAUGUGGACGUGAUUUUCCCGUUUAUAAGUGACACUGCAGCAAACCCUCCUGAGAGCUGCCUUUUUGGCCUGAUGACAUUCGUCUCUGCAUGUGCAGGAAUCGCCACCGUAUAUGCCAGAUACAAGUUUGUGGAGAAGCUGAAUGAGGACACUGGAGUGGUGUGGCCUCGUCUCAACAAGGCGGCGCUGUGGCUGGGGAUGCUGUCCUGUCUGGGAAUGUGCAUCGUGGCCACUUUUCAGGAAACACUGGUGACCAAAGUUCACGAUGCCGGAGCGCUGCUGUUCUUCAUGUCGGGGAUCUUGUACAUCGUGCUCCAGUCGUGGAUAUCGUUCCGUGCCUAUCCAUACGGUCCUUCUUUGUGCGUGUGUAGGGUGCAAAGUGGCAUCGCCCUCCUCGCUCUUUUGGCUUUUUUCCCCAUGGUCGUUUGUGUAAGAUUUGUCAACCAGACUAAAAUGCACAGACAGAAAGAUGACGAGGACUAUCAUUUUUUUCUGGCCAGCUCAGUGUGCGAGUGGAUCGUCUCCUUCAGCUUCAUCUGUUUCUUCUUCACCUACAUCCACGACUUCAAGCGCUUCACUUUAAAGGUGAAAACAGAGUGCCAGAGGUAGCUGCUGCUGGAAGAAUGACCACCAAUAUCUGGAUUGUAUGUCCACCCGAGCUGUUUCAUCAUAAACCUAUUUUUAUAGACACAAUGAAUUUUUUUUUUUUUUACAUUGUCAUUUAUGUGUUAUGGGCCUCGAUCAAGUUCAGAACCUAAAAAAAACUUGGUGCUGUUUGUGACUUUUUACACAUUUCCACCGUUGAGAGUGUCCUGAUUGUGGCCUGUGUGGCAGUCCAGCCUCUCUUUGCACUUUGCUCUGCUGUUACCACACAGCGUGACGCCUCCCUAAUAAGAGAAGUUCAUCACACAGCGAACUCAUGAUCGCAGCACACCGGCGGUUUACCAGAACACUCUUCGCUGAUGAGGAAAUGUCCGUCCUGCUCUGAAAUUGAAUGAAUCCUUACCCUGUAAACCCGUCUGAUACUGUUCUUAAAACAGGUCAAGUGCUUCAUGUGUGUUUUCAAACAUCUUGAAUUCUUGAAUGUAGUGUUUAACGUCAACUUUUCACGUGUUGAAAAUUCCCAGCAGCCACUGCUAUGCGGCGAUCGAGGUAAUUUUUUUCUAGUUUGCUCUAGUCAGACAUCAAAUGUUAAAGCAAUCAGGCUGUGAAGAAAUAGAAAGUGAAACAGGAUUUGGCAUUUAGUGGAGCUGACAAGGUGUUUUGGGUUGACUUUCAAGCAAAUAUUUUGAGUUUCAGCCUUAAAGCAGUGGCUCCAGGCAUAUUAACAGUCGAUUUAUGUCAAAUGAAACAAAACAACAGAUGCAUCCAGGAUAAAUUUAAAGAGAUUAAAUCAAUAAUUCUGUUCAGUCAAAGAAGGUAAUUCAAAGGCAGCAGCUGCAUUUGCAAACUCAAAAUUUCUUCUGAAUUUUCUCCCAAGUUUUCUUAAUUGAUUUUAUUCUGCAUGCGCUCUCAAAGGGAACCACUGCUUUAGCUGAAAUGUCUAGUUAUUCAUUUCUAUAAUGAUAUUAAUACGUGUUAAUUUUUUACAAAUUAAACAAAAUUCAGCAAUAAAACAGGUUAGGAAUUCCAAAUGGAUGAGUUCAUUAUUUACCUAAAACUGGCAGAAAGGGACAAAAAGAUGUGCUGCAAUGGAAAUGCAGUUUUAUUGUAGAAUAUUUUCAGUGUUUUUUUUAUGAAUUCAACUCCUUUUGUACUUUUACAUUUGAUAUUUUGUAAACAUUUGUACAUGCUGCUGAGCUGAUGAAUAAAUACAAACUGCCAUUUUUUAA